AUGGAUGAAGCAGUUAAUGGAUGGUCGAAGACUGACAUGGUAGAUAUGGUUCAACGAAGGCACGCAGCAGGCCGUCACGCGACCUGCAUAACGGGCGAAGCAUCAACCGCGAGUGACAAUUUGAAUUGCAUAGGAGAUUUUGGGAGAUUGUGGUUGUGCUGGUAUCCAAACACAAGACGCUGUAAGGAAUCCGUUUGGCUCAACUUUUGUCUACGCUGCAAGCUUCCAUUGGCUGGAUGGUUUAUGCUUCUGGUUUUUCGAGUUAUGCUGCAUUUUGGUUGUUGCAGUGAGACAGCUUUGCGACAGCCAUUGGAGAUCUCUGCAGUAGCCAAAGCAUUCUGUGAGUGUGGUGAAGAUGAGAACUGGUAUUAUAGCCUGUUCACCCUCUUUAUGCUAUUUAUGUUUGAGUCAACAAUGGCCAAAAGUCGGUUAAAAACUUUAUCAGAGCUAAGACGUGUUAGAGUAGAUAACCAGAUGCUAAUGGUCUAUCGUUGUGGCAAGUGGACGGAGAUAGCAGGAACUGAUCUUUUGCCUGGUGAUGUUUUGUCAGUCGGUCGCGCUGCUGGUCAAGAUGGAGAGGAAAAAUCCGUCCCCGCAGAUAUGCUUAUUCUCGCAGGAACUGCUAUUGUAAACAAGGCUAUCCUUACCGGCGAGUCAACGCCCCAAUGGAAGGAAAAUUCCAAGAGAUUUGACAGAGGCGUCACUGUCAGGUGCCGGCUUGUCUAUCGUAGCUGCUCUUGCCAUGAUGUUUUUAUUUAGAAUGGUGCUUCGGAGAGAGACAUUGGUGAUGGAGAUGGACAAGCUUAUUAUCUGUGUUUUGACGAAUCUUAAGGGAAGACACCAAUUGUAUGCAUAUGAAAGACGGGCCCGAAAUUACGGUCAUAUCUGUUUGCGUUGGAGAAGAGCACUGGACCGGCUAUCUUGAGCUCUAUUAUCAGAAAGAGGUUGCUGAUUUGGCAAGGCUAAAUCAUGAAAAUACAAGGAAAUUGCUUGGGUAUUGUAUAGAUAGUAGCCUGUUUACACGAAUGUUAGUUUUUGAAUAUGUGUCGAACGGAACAUUGUAUGAGCAUCUCCAUU